AUGAGAGUCAGAAAGAAGCAAUCCAAGAGAACUUCUACCCGUAUGAAAGAGGGUAUCAAGAAGAAGGCAGCUGCUCAAAAUAGAAAAGAAAGAAAGUUAGCUAAAAAGGAUGUGACUUGGAAGUCCAGAGGAAAAAAGGAUCCUGGUAUUCCAGCUAACUUCCCUUACAAAAACAAAAUUAUUGAAGAGAUUGAAGCUAAGAAGAUGAAGGAUUUAGAAGAAAAAGAACUUGCUAAACAACAGAGGUUAGAAGCUAAGAAAUUGGCACUGGAGCAAGGUGAAACGAUUAUGGAAGAUGGUAUGGAGGAGGAUGACGGUCAGAAUGGGUUGGCAGCUUUGGUUGCAUCUGCUCAAGAAGCAGCAUCUAAGUAUGAUGGACACAGUAAUUUCGACGAACCUGAAGAAGAGUUGGACGUUGUUGAUUAUAACAUUGAUUUUUAUAAUGACAAUGAUGAAGGUAAUACUGAAUUGGAGAAGUCAAGAAAGGCUUAUGAUAAGAUAUUUAAAACAGUUGUGGAUGCAUCUGAUGUUAUUCUUUAUGUUUUGGACGCUAGAGAUCCAGAAGGAACUAGAUCUAGAAGAGUUGAACAAGCCGUUUUACAAAGUCAAGGUAAAAGAUUGAUUUUGAUUUUAAAUAAAGUUGAUUUGAUUCCUCCUCAUGUAUUAGAACAGUGGCUAAAUGUCUUGAAGUCUAGUUUCCCAACUAUUCCUUUGAGAGCAGCUUCUGGUGCUACUAAUGCAACCUCUUUUAAUAAAAAGCUCACACAAACAGCCACAGCAUCUGCUUUAAUGGAAGCAUUAAAGAAAUAUUCUAACAACAGUAAUUUGAAGAGAUCUAUUGUGGUUGGUGUUAUUGGUUAUCCAAAUGUUGGUAAAUCAUCUGUUAUUAAUGCAUUAACUUCUCGUCGUGGUGGUUCUUCCAAAGCAUGUCCAGUUGGUGAUCAAGCAGGUGUCACUACUGCUUUGAGAGAAGUUAAAGUUGACAACAAGCUAAAGAUUUUAGAUUCUCCAGGUAUUUGCUUCCCAACGGACAAUAAGAGGAAAACUAGAAAAGAACAAGAGGCUGAAUUAGCUCUAUUGAAUGCUAUUCCAGCUAAGCAUAUCAUAGAUCCAUAUCCAGCUGUUUUGAUGCUAAUAAAGAGACUAUCAAAGUCAGAUGAAAUGACUGACAGUUUCAAGAAAUUCUACGAACUGCCAGCACUUCCUUCAAAUGAUCCAGAUACCUUUACCAAGCAUUUUUUGAUUCAUGUUGCUCGUAUGAGAGGUAGAUUAAGUAAAGGUGGCAUACCAAACUUAGAAAGUGCAGGUAUAUCUGUACUGAGUGACUGGAGAGAUGGUAAGUUUUAUGGAUGGGUUCUUCCAAAAGCCUCUAAAGACUCUAUGGCUACUGGUACAAUCUCUACUAUAAGUUCUGGUGCUACCCAAGAACCAGCCAAAUCUGAACAAACUACUAUUGUAUCUGAUUGGUCGAAAGAAUUUGAUUUGGAUGGAUUGUUUGCAUCUCUUGAUAACGCUAUAUCUUCAUCAAAAGAAAAUGAAGAUUCAUUAAUGGAAUAA